AUGACGUCGAAAGGGUUUCGUGGCCAUCUCCUCAGCUGGGUCGGGCAGUACCUCCAGGGGCGCACCGCGGCAGGCUGUUUUCAAGGCACAAUAUCUGCCUUCAAGAACUUCGAAAACGGAACUCCACAAGGGGGCAUUUUCAGCCCUCUGCUCUUCAACCUCCUUGUGGAAAAGCUUGUCUGCCUCCAGGCAAGCCCGCAGGUCCAGGUCCUGAGCUACGCGGACGACAUCGCCAUCGUCGCCACCGGCCCCAACCACGUAGCUAGGGCACGCGUCAUGCUCCGCCGCCUACUUACCCCCUGUACGGACCUUGGCCUGAUACCGAACCCUGUUAAAACGAAGGCCAUGGCGUUUGGCUACGUCCGCCCUCCGGAUCCCCUUUAUAUCAACGACACCCCCGUACCCUGGGUUCAUCGAUUCCGUUACCUGGGCAUGCUACUCGACCCCCGCCUGACAUUCUUCCCUUACAUCGCCUCCAUCCGAGUAAAGAUGUCGUCCCGGGUGAACGUCAUACGGGCCAUGGCGGGACGCUCCUGCGGGGCGGGCGACCGGGUACUCCGCUUCUUCUACACAAGCGCUGUUCGGUCCUGCCUGGACUACGCAGCGCCGUGCCUCCUCACAGUGCCUCCCUCCUCCCUGCACCCACUUGAGACCGCCCCAAACUCUGCAAUCAGGACUCUGCUUGGUGCGCCCCUCUGGGCGAAGUGCGUCUGCCUGCGAGCGAAGGCUUUCGUUUGCUGCGUCGCCGAGCGGGUUGUGCAGCUCGGUGUUGGUCACCUGCCGACCCUGUUGCGUCGUGCGGAAGCAGUGCCCCUCGCGGAGAGAGUGAGGCAGUCUCUCCAUCAGGACCCCCUCCUCUUCCAGCGGCAGACGUGGCCGUCCAUUGUCGCUCGGACGCUCGGUGAGCAUGGCCUGGCUCACUGGUUAAUGGCGCCCACUGACCUCCCGGCUCCGGCCUAUACGCCCCCUCCUCCCUGGAGACCCUGCUCCGUUGUUGUCUCCCUCAGGCCCCUCCCAGCGAAGAAGUCACUCCUGACUCCACACGAACUGAGGCGGGAGGCGUUGGGGCGGAUCGCCGGUGCUGUGCCUUCCCAGGCCGCCGUCUACUAUACUGACGGCUCUGUCCACCACCUUACGGGGGCUGUUGGUGCCGCCUUCGUGUGUGAGGGGGCCACGGCUCUCUUCCACCUUUCCGAUGGCUGCUCCUCCACGCAGGCGGAACUGGUGGCCAUCUCGAUGGCCCUCCUCCACGCUGAGGAGACAGUGGCGGGGGCUGUGGUUGUGCAUAGCGACUCCAUGUCUGCCCUACAGACCAUCGCCCAUGACCGCUGCAUUGACAACGUGCGCCUCCUCAUUUCCAUCUAA